GACAAGGUGUGGGUGAAGACUAGCACACAGCAGCUGGUAUAAAUCUCACAGGAAGGAAAGACUGGAACAUUUUCAGCUCUUCUGCGCUCAGGAUUCAGGAUAACAGGCAAGACUCAAUUCAAGGAAAGGAAGGCAGACAUAAAAGAUGAAUGAUUCUGCAGCUCUCAGUGGUGCAUGGAGGAUGCAGGCCGACCACCUUCUCAGCUUCCCUCAACUCUUGGGCGCAGAUGUCAAAGAUGUGGGCCGAGUCUACAACACUGAGCACUUCCCUUUAGCUCUUACUCUGUCAGGCACAUGUAUUGGGUUUCUUAAUCUGAUCUUCUUCGUGAUAUUUCUUUGGCGCAAGAAAAUCCACCCUCAACCCUUCACAGUGUUUAAAGUGUCUCUUGCCUCCACCUACAUCCUCCACCUGCUGUCCUCAUGUGCGAUGGCCGUACUUCUGUUUAAUUCCUACUGCAACCCAAGUAUCUGUGGUAAAAUGGUGAUUAUGUGGUAUGUAUCCGUGCGAUGUGGAAUCAUCCUUCACCUGCUGGUCGUUCUUGAGUUCAUCCUGGUCUGGAAAAGGUCUAACGUGGUCUCACAACUUUUGAAAGUGUAUUUGACCCUGCCUUUCGUCCUCGCAUUGUAUCUCAUCAGCAUAUUUUGCUACGAGCUUGCCAGUGCUACCAUUUUUUUGGGUUCUGUGACUUCAGCUCUGACUUGCAAUAUUGUAGCCAUAGCCUUCACCUCCUGUAGCAGCAUGGACAAACGUGUGGUGAAAGUUAUUUGGUCAGGAUUGUCCGCCUUUGCAGUAACUUUCCUUCCCCUGUUUGUAGUGGAGUGCUUGAUCUUUAAUGGUGAGAGUGUUUCUCCAUUAGCGAUUUUAAUUGUGCUGGGUCUGGGAAACAUUCGACUGGUAUCUGAUGGGAAUCUGUGCUGGGCGAUCUGCUGGGGUUCUCCUGAAAUAGCCCAUGAGCAAUUUGAGAAUGGACAGGUGAACCUCGACCCCUCCACCCACGUCAGCUUCCAUAAUGAAGCUGGGGAGUCUCCAUCCUGAAGUUACUCAGCAGCGGUUGGAGGCUGGGCUGGUGAACCUUGAUCCCUUCAGGGAGUUCCUGACUCACAUUUGUGAAGACUACCAAUCAGGAAAUCCAAAAUGUGACUCUUCUUCUGCACCAGAAUGUGCUUCAUAGAUCCUUCUUGUUCUGAUUAUAGUAACCACUGAGAUAAA